UGAUGAUCAUUCCACUCACAGCUUCAGGAAGGUCUAAAACAGGUUCUCGCUUCAACAGUGAUUGAACGGAACUAAUAUCUCAUCAAAAUUUCAUAUAUUUCUUUUUACGCUUUUGAUAAUAAAACGAUAAAAUCCGCCGAAAUGGAGACUUCUCAGGUUCGCCAGAACUUCGCGCGCGACUGCGAGGCUUUGAUCAACAAUAUGAUCAGUUUGGAGCUUUAUGCUGGAUACACCUACACCUCCAUGGCUCACUACUUCAAACGGGAUGACGUCGCCCUUCCUGGGUUUGCCAAAUUCUUCAAGAAGAACAGCGAGGAGGAGCGCGAGCACGCGGAGAAGUUCAUGGAGCUCCAGAACCAGAGGGGAGGACGCGUCGUGCUUCAGGACGUCAAGAAACCUGAGCGUGAUGAGUGGGACAAUGGACUGACUGCUAUGCAGUGUGCUCUUCAGCUGGAGAAGAAGGUCAACCAGGCUCUGCUGGACCUGCACAAGGUGGCAUCUGAGAAGGGAGAUCCUCAUCUGUGUGACUUCCUGGAGACUCACUAUUUGAAUGAGCAGGUUGAGGCCAUUAAGAAGAUUGGUGACCACAUCACCAACCUUACCAAGAUGGAUGCUGGCAACAACAGGAUGGCAGAGUACCUGUUUGACCAGCACACCCUGGGUGGAGACAGCAGCUAAAUACAGCCCUCUGUUUUCAAGAGCACAUUAUGUUUUCACGACACAGCUCAUAUACAGAAUUGUACGUUUGAAACAACUGAAAGGUGUAACAAGUAAAGGUUGAUGCAAUCUUGUUAUAACCAAGCCAUUGCUUUCCUGUUGAAUGUACACUAAUUGGUCUUAACCUGGUGUAUUUGAGGAAUAAACAUUUUGGACUGGA